UCCAGUCUUUCACUUGCUCCUUCCUUUCCUGUCAAUCUUCCUGUCCUUAGGUUCUCAUUUUCACAAAAAUAUUUUCCAUGUCUUUAUUUCUCCACUGCUGGCCAGCUCAGUCUCCCGUUUGUACUUCUCCAUGCUUCAAGCUACACUUUCUCCUAUCAUUCCUUUUUAGUAAAAAAAAUUCAGUAGUACUUUGCAAAGUCUGUUGAAAAGCUUGGAAAAAUCAAAUGCAGGAAUGAGUUCAGUAACUAUGAGUUGUAUUCAUUAGGAAAAGGUGGUUUCCAUCACUGCCAGAUAGCUGUCAAGGGAGGUAACUGUUACAAACCUACAAGUCCUCUAGCCCUAAUUAAGACUUGAAGCAGGUAGCACAGUCAGUUUAAAAUGCUAAAGAAUACAGGCAGAGCAUGGCUGUACAAUAUCUCUGCCGUUUUGGAUGCUGCCUUUCUCCCACUCUAAGAAAAAAAGGUGAAUUCUAUUAAUGUCUUGUGAUAUUUUAGUUUUGGCAAAUAGUUAAAUAUAUAUAGUGCUAGACUUUUCCGAGGAAUACCAUUUUUCUUUUACUAUAUGCUCAUUUAUCAUUGUCUAUUUUUAUUUGGUGGCAGAUGGUUAUGUCGUUGUAGAUUUGCUUGAAUUUUUUUUUUAGUGGGACACUUGAUUAUCUUUCUCCUACUCACAUUGGGUAGUACAAUAAAAAGGUUCUUUGUUUGCACAGGCUACGCUGCAAACCACAGUAAUGAUUUGAAAAUGUAACCUUUCUUACUCUUAGCUGCUCAUCAUCGAUUUUGCUUAUCGUACCAUUAUUGAGCACACAUGACCACGUUCCACUAGGUGGCAGCUGAACGUGUUGCUGUCCUCCCGCAUUGACGAGGGUUAGCCAAGACCACCUCUAGCAAGGGAGUCCAGUCCAGGUAGUGGACGGUAUAUGGGGAAAAGCAAAAGGUGUAGACCGCAUUACCGCAUAUGGAAGGAAACGUGGCUGACAUUGAGAAGACUUGCAUAAAUCUUAAAAACAAUAGCGUGUCAAAACCAAUUUGCUUUCCCCAUGAACUAAUGCAACUGCCGUACACACUAGUAACUUGGCUGGAAGCGGCGAUUCUCUGUUCUAGUGCUAACGUGAUGACAUCUAGGCAAAUUAAUUUUUGCUUCCCACUUCCUACCCAUUGAAGCAGGGGCUGCGCAGUCAGUCAAGUCUCAGUAAUCCGAUUUACUCCGCCUGGCGCCCUGAGCUGACUGAAGGGGCGCCCCGCCAGCUCUGGCGAGCAGCUGCGCUUCCCCCCGUCCCCGGCCGUUUUCUGGUCGCUUUGUCCUCCUGGAGGACUCCUCUCCUCCGCCGCCUGCGAACGGCUCCUGCUCCGGCCCUUCCCGCCCACCUCCGCUCUCCCCGCCGGCCUCACCUCACGCUGCCUCGCGGCGGGGCGGGGACGGUUAACGGCCGGCGGCGCGCGCGGUCUCCCAGCAACGCGGGAUGGCGGCGGGCGAGCAGGAGGCCCGCGACUACCUGCGGCGCCACCGGAUCCCCGAGCUGCUCCACCGCCUCGGCGCGCUGCUGCUCUACCACCGCCCCGAAAGACCACGCGAGUUCCUGAUCCGGAUGCUGGAAAGGGUGAAGGCUGGGAAACGAGCCGAGGGGGAGUACCCGUACCUCAUGGACGAGGCCAACCUGGCCGCCAUGUUCGGCUUGCUGGAUGUCGUAGGCCAAGGCCACAUAACGCCAGCGCAGUACAGAGAAGCUCUUAAAACUUUGGGACUGAGCACUGAGGAUCUGCAGUUUGGAGAUGAUGUGAAUAUCACGCUGGAUGUAUUCAAGGAAGAAGUGAAGAAAAAGAUGCUGGAGAGCUGGGCUGUGUACUAGUUUGAGCGGUGGUCUGCUAUAUAUAUUAAAAAUAGGCACCUUGCUCAAUGCUUCUGGUUUGUCAGCUGUGGAUAGCUGAUUUUAAGCAGUACUCUCUUUUUCUCAUUCCCCUCCCUGCCCUAUUUAUUUGAGCAAUCAGCUAGAAAAUGACAAGAACUUGUUCAUGUUUACCAGGCACUGGAGGUCUAUCUUUUGAGAAUUGCUUUUCUUAAUACAAUUAGAUGGUUAAAAAAAGGUAGAGAUCUCUUACGCAACUGAAACAGUGAUUUGGAGCUCCCUCCUUCAUUUUGUAGCUUACAGUAAGGGGUUGUUACUUGUUGGCUCAUUACCAUUGAAUAAAAUUAAGAGUUAAGCUGUUUCCUAAGUUGUUUUUUGGGCUUGGUUUUUUUAAAGGAAAUGUCCACAGUUGAAGAAAGGUAGCAAUUUCAAGUAAAAUGCUACUUUCAAACUUUUAACACAGUAUUUAUGCAAUUUUAAGGAGAGACUUU